AUGGGAGACCAAGUCGAGCUCCCUUCAGCAUCUGUCACAGUAACCAGCUCUCCUCAUAUGGCAACAGCUGCAUCUGCACUUCUUGACUCCUCAUAUCCUUUUUACCUCCACCCUUCUGAUUCACCUGGAAUGCUUUUUGUUAACUCUCCUUUUGAUGGAAGAGGAUAUGGGGGUUGGAGAAGGGGAAUGCUCAUAGCUUUGUCUGCUAAGAACAAAGUAGGACUCAUUGAUGGAACGUUUCUUCAGCCCAAAAUCUCUUCUGAUGAAUUCAAGUCUUGGACCCGUUGUAAUGACAUGGUCAUUUCUUGGCUAUUAAACACUCUUUCCAAAGCAAUAGCAGAGAGUGUUCUAUACACCAAGAGCGCUAAGGAAAUCUGGGAUGAGCUUGAAGAAAGGUUUGGUCAGAGUAGUGGACUACAAAUUUAUCACCUACAAAAGGAGAUGAGUGAGUCAACACAAGGAAAUUGGGAUAUAGCAGGAUACUAUACUAAGCUGAAAAGGUUGUGGGAUGAAUUGGACAGUCUGGAUAUAUGCCAACACUGUACCUGUGGCUGCAGUUGUGGUGGUAAACUCAAAAACAACAAAUCUCAACAGGAUAACAGACCCAUUCAGUUCCUUAUGGGACUGAAUGACACUUAUGCAGCAGCCAGAAGCAAUCUACUUAUGCUAUCUCCUUUGCUUCACUGA